AUGGAGGGGGAGGACGGCGGCGGCGGGGUGGACUGGGACAGCCUGGCCGAGGCGGCGUCGGGGGCCGUCGGCGCGCUCGUCAGCACCACCGUGCUCUACCCGCUCGACACCUGCAAGACCAAGUUCCAGGCCGACGUCCAGACGGACCAGGGCGCGCACAAGUACAGGAACCUUUCAGAUGUCUUUUGGGAAGCAAUUAAGAAAAAGCAAUUUUUGUCCCUAUAUCAGGGCCUUAAGACGAAGAAUAUCCAGUCGUUCAUUUCGCAGUUCGUUUACUUUUAUGGCUAUAGCUAUUUCAAAAGACUCUACCUGGAGAAGAGUGGAGCUAAGUCCAUUGGAACAAAAGCCAACUUGUUGAUUGCAGCCGCUGCUGGUGCUUGCACAGUUGUUGUGACACAGCCAUUAGAUACGGCAUCUUCUAGAAUGCAAACAAGUGCUUUCGGAAAGUCCAAAGGGCUGCGAGCAACUCUCGCGGAAGGUACUUGGCUUGAGGCAUUCGAUGGCUUGGGCAUUUCCCUCUUGUUGACAUGCAAUCCUUCUAUUCAGUACACCGUGUUUGACCAGCUUAAGCAGAAGCUAAUUCUGAGGCAGACGCGUAAAAACGCAGAAUCAGCGGGUGAUUCUUCCCCGGUUGCUCUUUCUGCUUUCUCGGCAUUUCUCCUUGGUGCCAUCUCAAAAAGUGUUGCAACAAUCUUGACUUACCCAUUAAUCAGGUGCAAGGUCAUGAUUCAGGCUGCAGACCCCGAUGAGGACGACGAGGACGAAUCUGAAAAGCCAGGCAAUUCAAGGCCUCCCAAAACAAUGUUGGGCGCCAUGCAUGCAAUGUGGAACAAGGAAGGCAUCCCAGGGUUCUUCAAAGGGUUACAUGCUCAGAUACUAAAGACAGUUCUGAGCUCCGCAUUACUGCUGAUGAUAAAAGAGAAGAUUUCAAAGUUCACUUGGAUCUCGCUGCUUGCCCUGCGGCGAUAUCUCUUUGUUUCUCGGAAGAGAAUCAAGAGUGCAUAG